GAAGCUGACGAGUAACACGUGACACCUCAACGCGGAAAUACAUGUAAAGCGGACGGUUUCUGUCAUAUUAGAAACUUCUUGGUCACACUUCCUAGAGCCCAGCGUAAAUAAGCUGAUUAGUCGGGGGAGAUGGCCGGAGAAACAGAAGAUGAGAUCCCUGAAUCCGGAGCCGUUUUCACUUUUGGAAAGAGUAAAUUCGCAGAUAAUGCCCCCAGUAAAUUCUGGUUAAAAAAUGAUGUACCUUUGAGAAUUGCCUGUGGAGAUGAGCACACAGCACUGGUGACAGAAAAUGGGAAGCUGUUUAUGUUUGGCAGCAAUAACUGGGGACAGCUGGGCCUUGGAACAAAAGCCACUGUGAAUAAACCCACUUGUGUGAAAGCCCUAAAAUCAGAGCGGGUGAAGCUUGCAGCCUGUGGAAGAACUCACACACUUGUUUAUACAUCCCGUGGUAACCUGUAUGCCUCUGGAGGGAAUAAUGAAGGACAGCUCGGUCUGGGUGACUGUGAUGACAGAACUUCCUUCCACCUGGUGGACUUCUUCAGCAAACAUGGACCGGUCAAAAUACUUAUUUUCCAAAUAUAUACUGUGAUGCUUGUUUCAUUUGUUGCAGUGGAUGGGGCCUUGUUCACAUUUGGAGAAAAGGACAGUGGGAAGCUGGGCUUGUCCAAAGAGAAGCUGGCCAAUCAUAAAGUGCCUCAACAGGUGACAGGCAUCUCUGAUAAAGUGGUACAGGUAUCCUGUGGAGGAGGGCACACAGUGGCACUUACGGAGCACGAGGUGUAUUCGUUCGGCCUGGGUCAGUUUGGACAGCUCGGUCACGGCACUUUCAUAUUUGAGUCACGUUUACCCAGAGUGGUUGAACAUUUCAGAAGGGGCAGAGUUAAACGUGUGGAGUGUGGAGAGAACCAUACAGCGCUGAUUACUGACAGCAGACUUUUGUACACCUUUGGUGAUGGUCGACAUGGAAAGCUGGGGCUUGGAGAAGAGAACUUCACCAACCAGUUCAAACCAACCCUAUGUCCAAGAUUCCUAGACUAUCAUGUACAUUCUGUUACUUGUGGUGGGUGUCACAUGCUUGUGUUGGCAAAGCCCAGGCCCGAAGGGUCGGAGGAAUUGAUCCUGGAGGAGGAGGAUGUCACAGAAGACUACUUUGAGAAAUCCUAUACUGAAUUACUGGGGGACACGCAAAGUCAGACCACCCUACACAGGAGUCUCUCGGCUCGGGUCAGACGCAGAGAACGGGAGCGUUCACCGGAUCAGUUUGGACAGAUGUUUCGAACACUUCCAGCCCUGGGUGGAAAUCAGCUGAGUGCAUCUUUAUCUGUUCCCAGCCAGAUCCAUCAAUCUCAUAGUAAACAACCGGGAAAGAUCCCUCACAACAGUCUCAAAAUUCCCGGAAAGAGAGAAAAGUCUCUCGAUGACAGAAGCAGUGUGGAGGAUAGUGAGAGUGUAAAAGACCUUGGAGAAACCACUGACUUAUUAAACCUGACUCAUGUAAUGAAGAUGGACCCUAGCGAUAAGACUCUAACAUUGUCUCCUAUGGAGAAGAAGAAUGUUAAGCUUGUGAAAGAGCACGGUAAGGAGAAGGGGAAGCCAAGAGAUGACCCCGCCCUUUAUAGAAAGAGGGCAGAGCUUUUAGCUCGCAAAGCUCUUCCGACUGAGUUACUUAAAAGUUCAAGUGGUAGCUCAGUAGUCGGAGACAGUCUUGGGUCAGGGACCCCCCACAAGAGCCCUACGAGACCUGGUCAGGAUAAGGAAAAUGUACUUAUAGCUUUGGAGGACAGAAGGCCUUCACAUCACCAGGUUGCAGGAAGUAACACAAGAAUGGGGACGGACAUAAGCAGAGCUGGAUCCAAAUCUUUCCAGCCCAAACACAAACAGCUGAUGAAGUCAAGGGAUAGAGUUACAGGAAAAGACGCUGGGAAUAAAGUACAGAUACUUGAGGAACAUUCAAAGGUAGAGGCUGAAAGUGAGAAGAUUGCUCACAAGUCAAAAGAAAGUACAAAAACAAACCAAGAAGGUAAAACAAAACCCAAAGGUCAUCCAUUGGAAGUCAGUAGUCGGUCUCAAAAGGUUAUGGGGGAAGAAAAAGAAGUAAAAACGAAACCCAUAAUAGUUGCUGAACAAUAUCUUGAACAGACCACGCAUAAAGACCAAGACCCAACAGGUAAGAAGAUCUCAAAAGAGAUUUUACCAAAAGCUCAGAAGAUGAAAGGUGAAAUGAAUACUGCUAAGACAGAAACCAAAGGUUUUGUCCCACAGAGCAAAAAGUUAGAUUCAAAAAAAGACUCCAAAAGUAAAAAGACAGUGCAAGAGCUCUCCACUACUUCACAACAGUCCUCUUGCCAAGAAGAAAUUUAUACAAAGAAGACUAAAAAAUCAAAAGCGGAACAAAGCCAAUUGCUAGUAAAGGACCAAAUAAAGGGGUCUACCAUUAUCUCAGAAGCUGCCUUCAAAUCUGAAUCAGAGUCAGAGCAAAUGAAGGAAAAUCCUAUCACCAAGGUGACAUCUUUUCUCCACAAUGUGGGAAUGGGAAGUCCCGCUCGUUUACUUGGAGAUACAGCAGUCAGUCAGUUCCUUUCCCAGUCUACACCCCAAAAAAUGCCAAAACCUCUUUCAAAACAGAGAACUCUGUCUGACGUUUCGUCCCUGAGUGAGUCUUUUGAGGUUUCAGGACAAGAGGAGACAAGAGAGGCCAAGAAGACGGCCGUCACCAUCAAUGUUAAGGCAGAACCAGAAACUUCAGAUGGGGACUUGGAAAGAACCAGCACUGAGUCCAAAACCGAGGCUCAUUCUGAGGUGGGAACAUAUAGAAGAAGAGGAGAGGAAUCAGAAGAGGAGGAAAGCGAGGGAUCGGUGGACAGAAGGGAAAAGAGUGAGGAAGUGGAUGACAGAGAAGAAGAAAGCGAGGGAUUGGUGAACAGAAAGGAAGAGAGUGAGGAAGUGGAUGACAGAGAAGAAGAAAGCGAGGGAUUGGUGAACAGAAAGGAAGAGAGUGAGGAAGUGGAUGACAGAGAAGAAGAAAGCGAGGGAUUGGUGAACAGAAAGGAAGAGAGUGAGGAAGUGGAUGACAGAGAAGAAGAAAGCGAGGGAUUGGUGAACAGAAAGGAAGAGAGUGAGGAAGUGGAUGACAGAGAAGAAGAAAGCGAGGGAUUGGUGAACAGAAAGGAAGAGAGUGAGGAAGUGGAUGACAGAGAAGAAGAAAGCGAGGGAUUGGUGAACAGAAAGGAAGAGAGUGAGGAAGUGGAUGACAGAGAAGAAGAAAGCGAGGGAUUGGUGAACAGAAAGGAGGAGAGUGAGGAAGUGGAUGACCGAGAAGAAGAAAGCGAGGGAUUGGUGGACAGAAAGGAGGAGAGUGAGGAAGUGGAUGACCGAGAAGAAGAAAGCGAGGGAUUGGUGGACAGAAAGGAGGAGAGUGAGGAAGUGGAUGACCGAGAAGAAGAAAGCGAGGGAUUGGUGGACAGAAAGGAGGAGAGUGAGGAAGUGGAUGACCGAGAGGAGGAAAGUGAGAGUAAGACCCUAGCAAAUGAUGAUGAUUCUGAGGUUGAUGAUGAUGAUACCACAAUCAAAGCUUCUAGUGAGGAUGAGGAAAGUGAGGAAGAGGAGGAGAAAAGUAAAAGUGAGGCAACUGAGGAUGUAGAGAGUGAAGCUGAGGAAGAGGAGAGUCGUGGAAUAGAAGAUGAGGAAGAGGAAACAAGUGAGAUAAGUAGAAACAGCGAGGAAGAGAGUGGAGAAAAUGAGGGUGAAAGCAAAACAAGUGAAGAGGAAGAAGAGGAGGAGAGUGGAGAAGAAUCAGAGGGAAAGUCAGAGAGCAGAAGUGACAGAUCAGAGGAAGAGUCAGAUGAAGAAGACGAAGAUGAGGAGUCAGAGGAGAAAGAUAGUGAGAAUGAGGAAGAAAGUGACGUGGAAGGUGACAGUGAGGCAGAGGAGGAUGAAGACGGUGAAAAGACUAGCAAAGAAGAGGAGGAAGAUUCAGAAAAGCAGGAGAGUGAGACUGAAGAUGAUGAAGAUGAAGGGGAGAGUGAAAACGAAGCAGAGGAGGAGGAAAGUGAGGAAGAUAAAGAGGAGAGCGAGGGAGGUCAAGAGGAUGAGGAGGAUGAAAGUGACAAAGAUGAAGCAAUGAGUGAGAAUGACGAAGAAGAGGAAGAAGAAGAGGAUGAAAAUGAAGAGGUAGAAGAACAGGAGAGUAAAGAGGAAGAAGAAAGUAAUGAUGAGGAGGAAGAACAUGAAGAAGAGGAAGCAGAGGAGGAAGAGUCUGAAGAAAGAGAGGAGACAGAAGAAGCAGAGGAUGAGGAGGGAGAAGAGGAGAACAAACAAGAAGAAGAGCAAGAGAAAAGUGAGGAAGAGGAAGAGGAACAAGAAGAAGAGGAAAAGGAAAAGGCCAAAAGAAAACGCGGCAAAGCGGCUGAAUCCACCAAACCAAAGUCAAGUGUGAAAACAUCAAAACAGCAGUCAAAAGCCAAACGGGGCCGAGCGCAAAACGAUCAAUCAGAGUCUAAGCAGUUUUGGGAUGAUGUUGUACCUCAAUACCUUAAUCUAAAAUAAUUCAGCAACCUCAACCCCUAUCUUUAUUUAAUUAAUGAGUUAAUGAGCUUGCUGUUUCAUGUUUGCCUUUUGUGUUCUUUCUUGCUUUUUGCUUUUGUCAUGUUUAUUAUUCUUGCAAUUUCGCCAAUGGUAAUCUUACUAAAUGUAUUGCUUCACAUUUUUUAAAAUGUAUUUUACAAACUGUUUUUAUAAGUAAUUAUAUGCCCAGGCAGUAGUGAAGACCUCAUGAUGUGCCUUAGGAUUUAUCUAAUGGACAGCCAUGUUCUUUUAUUAACAAAUGUGCUUGAUUUGUCAGUAACCUUGAAACACCCCUAUAAAUGACUUUAAAUUCUUAAAAAUACAAAAUUAUGUACCAAUCUUCUGCCUUUAUGUCAAAUGCCUAACCAUAUUAAAAUGGCAGCUCGUAAUCUUUAUGACUGGAAGCAAAUAAUUGGAAAAAUUGAGCCCAAAGAUUAGUCAUUAAGUAUCAUUUAUUUAAAAUGUUUCACUUGUGCUUAUGUGAACUUUUUUUUGUUACAUAUAAUAACCAAUAAAACUUAUCAUUUACUUCAACUAUUUGCAUCCGUUUUUAAAUUAAUACAACUAUUUGCAUCCGUUUUAAAUUA